AUGAGCCCAGCUCUCAACAAUAUUAUAUCUUCUCUGCAGAGAAGUGGAACAUUUAUCAAUUCUUUAAUUGCGGCUUUGACUAUUGGUGGACAACGACUGUUCUCUUCUUUCACGUUCAGCUGUCCCUGUCAGGCUGGGAAAAAUUUCUAUUAUGGUUCUGCUUUUCUCAUCAUUCCUGCCUUGAUCUUUCUGAUUGCUGGCUAUGCUUUGAGAAGCCAAAUGUGGACAAUGACCAGCGAAUACUGCUGCAACUGUGUCCCUCCUCGCCGGAGAAUCAGCCCCCUGGAGCGCAAGCUGGCUUGCCUUCGGUUCUGCAGCAUCACCGGGAGGGCACUUGUUGCUCCGCUAACAUGGCUGGCGGUGACCCUGCUGACAGGCACCUACUAUGAAUGUGCAGCAAGUGAGUUUGCAUCUGUGGACCAUUACCCCGUAUUUGCUAAUAUCAGCACCAGCAAACGAGAAGAGAUACUAGCUGGGUUUCCAUGUUGCAGAUCAGCUCCUUCUGAUAUGAUCUCAGUAAGAGAUGAAGUAGCUCUUAUGCACAGAUACCAGUCCCAAAUGCUGGGCUGGAUUUUGAUCACCUUGGCAACCAUCGCUGUCCUGGUGUCCCGCUGUGUGGCGAGGUGCUGCUCCCCCCUCACCACCCUGCAGCAUUCCUACUGGACCAGGCACCUCCAGAAUGAGAGAGAGCUCUUUGAACAAGCCGCAGAGCAGCACUCCAGGCUCCUCAUCCUGCGGCGCAUUAAGAAACUAUUUGGCUUCAUUCCUGGGAGUGAAGAUGUCAAACACAUCCGAAUUCCUUCACGUCAGGACUGGAGAGAGAUUUCAGCACCCAGUUUUCUAUGCAUGGGUGAUGACUUGCAAGGUCACUAUAGCUUCCUUGGAGACAGGGUGGAGGAAGAUAAUGAAGAAAACAAACCAGAAGGUAUUGAAUUAAAACCUUGA